UGUGGGUGUGUGGGUGUGGUUGACGUUCGAUUGUAAGAAGACCUAGCCUCCGGUGGAAUAAACGUUACAUUAUAUUUUCCCCACAGAAUUUGCACUCGUAAUGGAGGUUGUGACGUGUUGCGUUAUUACUGUCCUUUGUCAGGUGUUUUCGUGCGCAUUUGCAGAGAAUCUUUCUUCUAAAACGGACGAAAGAGCAGUAAUGUUCAGUACAUAUGAUGAAAGCACAAGAGUUGAGCAUGUCUACAGUCAUGAGGACAGUUACAGGGAUACUGCAGUGAAUGCAGCUUCACAGUUGCAAGUACCCUCUGGUCUUCUGGUUGUGGAGUUUCCAGGCUCUUCAUCAGGUCAAAGGAGAAGAAAGAGAGAGUGGGUUAUUCCAUUUUAUAACAUGGCUGAGAACGAGAGUGGUGAUUUCCCCAAAAAAAUGUUCCAGUUAAAGGCAAAAAUAGAUGGUGUACCUGAUGCAGAGAUAGUCUACAGUAUCACAGGUGAAGGCGCAGAUCAGCCACCUGUGGGUAUUUUUUAUGUUAACAAAAAAACUGGGUAUAUUUAUGUGACUCAACCACUGGAUAGAGAAAAAAAGGCAUCAUACGAGCUCAAAGCUCAUGCCAUUUCAGAGGAUGGGAAAAAAGCUACAUCACCCACAAACCUUACUAUCAUUGUAAUUGACCAGAAUGAUAACAGGCCUGUGUUUACUGAAAAUCCUUUUAAUGGACAAGUUUCUGAAGCUGAGUCAAAAGGUUAUGAGUUUAUGAAAGUCAUAGCCACUGAUGCAGAUGAGCCAGAUAAUCAAAAUUCCGAAAUCAGAUACAGAAUUGUCAGCCAACUUCCACCUUCACCAAAUCCAAACAUGUUUGAAAUCAACACUAUUACUGGUGGAAUUUAUGUGAAUUCCUCAGGCUUGGACAAAGAGCAAUGGCCCAGAUAUACUUUGUUAAUUGUGGCUGCUGACUUGAAAGGAGGCGGUUAUUUAACCACUGGCACAGCUGUUAUUACAAUUACUGACAGCAAUGAUAACCCUCCUCAGUUUGAGCAACUUUCGCACACUGUAUCCGUCCCAGAGAAUAAAGUAGGCCAUGAAGUGGCCAAACUUACAGUUACUGAUGGAGAUGAAGUUGGAUCACCAGCCUGGUCAACCAAGUAUCGGAUUAUUAGUGGUGACAAGGGUGGGUUUUUCAAUGUCAGUACAGGACCCAGCCAGCUGGAGGGCAUCAUCACCACUGUAAAGCCCCUGGACUUUGAGAAGACCAAGCAGUAUGUUCUGUCUGUGAUUGUUGAAAAUGAUGAACCAUUUGUCGGUUCUUUGCCUACUUCCACUGCCACAGUCACAGUGAAUGUAGAAGAUGUGAAUGAGCCUCCUGAGUUUAAUCCGCAGGAGAAGGUUAUUUCCAGACGUGAAAAUUUACCAGUUGAUAGCAAUUUGUUUGCUUAUAUAGCCACUGAUCCAGACACUGGAAAAUCACAGAAGAUAACGUAUAAAAUUGGUAAAGAUCCUGUUGGCUGGCUAAAUGUAAAUCAAGACACUGGGAUGAUUAAGGUCAAGCAAAUUAUGGAUAGAGAAUCUGUGCUAGUCAAAGAUGGCAAAUACAGAGCUAUCAUUUUGGCCCUGGAUGAUGAUGAUGAAAAUCCAGCAACGGGUACAGGAACCUUGAUAAUUGAAUUGGAGGAUGAAAAUGAUAAUGCUCCAAUUAUUAACGAAGGAAGUAUUAAUAUUUGCAAUCGUGAGGCCAAAGUGUUUCUCUCUAUAACUGACAAAGAUGGACCUCUUCAUGCUGCUCCCUUCAGCGUUGAGCCCCAAGGAGACACAAAGAAAAACUGGACUGCAAGGAUGAAUGAAACAAAAACUGGGAUUCUGUUGACGCUAAAUUCUGUGUUGGAGCAGGGUAGUUACAAUGUUGUCCUAAGGGUUUAUGAUAACAAUGGCAUGUAUAAAGACAACUCCAUUCAAGCAACUGUGUGUGACUGCAAAGGAGAUGAAUUUCAAUGCAAAAUUAUAGCCGGGGCCUCACUAUCACUAUACCUUGGAAUCCUGGCAGCCGUCUUGGUUCUGCUGUUGCUUCUUCUUCUACUUCUGCUGUUCAUAAGGAGGAAAUCAAGCAGUAUAAAAAAGCCACUCCUUCUUGAAGAUGAUGACAUAAGAGACAAUGUCUGCUGUUAUAAUGAGGAAGGUGGUGGAGAAGAUGAUCAGAACUAUGAUCUGGGUGUGUUGCAUCGAGGUCUAGACAACAGACCUCAAGUUUUAAGAAACGAUGUGGUUCCUAUUUUCUUACCUGCACCUCAGUAUAGACCUCGACCAGCCAACCCUGAGGAGAUUUCCACAUUCAUUGGUUAUAAUCUGAAGACUGCAGAUGAAGACCCUACAGCACCCCCCUAUGACUCCCUCCUGGUGUUUGACUAUGAAGGAGGAGGCUCGAUUGCAGGUUCACUCAGCUCCAUCAACUCUUCCAGUUCAGGACAGGACCAAGACUAUGACUUCCUCAAUGACUGGGGCCCACGCUUUAAGAAGCUGGCAGACAUGUUUGGAGGAGGAGAGGAUUAAAAGUUAUUCUGUUUUAAAUACAACUUAAUGCAUUGACAAUGUAAGUUGUUUAAAUUGUAGAGUGCUGGAGAUUGUGCUGGUGGUUUAAAAGCAGAAUCCGUCUUCAUAUUCCCCCCAGUGUUAAAGGCAUAUUGGAAUUAUAAAAUUGCAAAAUAUGGGACAAUUGUUCCCAGCACUCUUUACUCAUGCCCAACUUAAAAGAUUCAUUAGUCAGCUCUGCUGGAAGCUAUCAAGUACUCCAGCAUGCAUUUACUAUAGGGUUCCCUCUUGGCCUGGUUCUACAUGGGUGCUAAAACAUGCUAUAUGUAGGCCAAUAUGAUUGACGUUCAGUUUAUAUAAAAUUAAAAUCAAUUCGAUUUGCAAAUUUGACCUGUAUUUUGACAUCAAUUUUUCAACGUCAAUUACCCACUGGGUUAGAAUAUUGGCCAAAAAAAUAUUGGGCAAAAGGUCCAGUGGGCAUUUGUAAAUAAAAAAAUUUUGUGCAGUGUAGAGAGCUUUGUUAAACUUUUUGAGAUCGCAAUGAACUCACAAAACUUUUUAGCAAUUAUAAAGGGAGCAUUCUUUGUGUGCUUUUUUUCUUAAUGCAAACCAUGGCCGCGAGUCCAUGACCAAAGGCAGUAUGUGUCAGGAAGAUGAUAGCAGCAAAUAGACUGUGAAUUUUCUGUUAUUCUAUUAUAAAAUAUUUCAAAACGGUUUAGUGAAGAUCUAAGUGAUGUGAGAUCUGUUAUUCAGGGGUGGGUUAACCAUUUUGUGGGCACUAAGCAAAGUCAAGACCUGAGGCCCCACAUACCCUACCCUAAAAUGACCUUUGUAACUAUUUUCUUCAAACUGCACAUAUUUAACAGAAUUAAGUGACAUUUAAAAUCUGCAUUUAAUUCACUUGAAAACACAUACACUAAAAAAGUCACUUUUUUUUUUUUUUUCGCUUUUUAUAUUGAAAGUUUAGGUUCAAAGAUACAUGAAAUAGUUAAUACAUAAUUAAAAGCAAAAUGCUUUUUUUUUUUUCCUAUUGUGAACUAAUCAGCUAUGGACAUUGAAUGACUUUGAGGUAGUGUUGUGUGUUUGCAAGCUGUUUUAUUGUCUUUCCGUGGUUGAUUGAACAUUCACAAGGCAUUAUGCAUUUCAAUUAUUUGUACUGUAUCUUCCAGUAUACCUUCUGAUUCACAUUUAUUACAUGCUAUACUGUAACUAGUAGUAAAGUGGAAAGCGAUACCGCUUAAGCUCGUGCUACAAAAGGUUUUAAGUUUUGGCAAACUUUUAGUAUUGCAUUUUUCUCUUAUGUUUUCUUUCUUUUUUUAAGCAGCACUUGGAUAUGUGCUCUUCAUGGUUGUUUCUUUCUACUUUAUUCGGAGUGAUAAUAAAUAAGGUCAAAAUCAUUUGUGGCAGGCAGGCCUGCAGGGCCCAAUGCAUUUAACACUGUUACUGCUGAUAUUGCAUGUGCAUAUAUUUUCACUGUUAAAGACAUAGAUGUUAAAGUUACAGUGUUAGUCUGUAACAUGCUACUUUGUGUGCUAAUACGAAAUGGAAUUAUUUUAAGUCAAGGUAUGACAUAUUUCAAAUGUAUGACAUGCACCUCAAAAAGGCAUGCAUUUGUUUUUGCUACUUUAUUACUAUCAAUUUAAUAAAAUUUAACAAACUA